GUCAAAUAUUCCUGUCAAAUAUUCCAUUGAUGGUACGCAACUCCACGUCUCGUCUCUCUCCGUACUCCAGUGAGAUUGCGCUGGCACCACACUUGGAAUCUUACAUCAGUUACGCUAUACUGAAGGUUUCUAGAAAGAUUAAACAGAAAAUGGAGGAAUCAGAACCAUCUCAGUAUCUAAGAUGUGUACGUAAAGGCAAAGCUCCAUACUGGUAUAUGCAAGUGACUUUAUUAUAUGAAAGUGGUGAGAAGGAAACGGAUGUCCUGCAGCUCAAACACAUAAUCAUGCAAGCAUUAACUGAAAUAUUUGGUCAGGUUGGUGCUAGUGACACCAUUGACGUGCUAAAGCUUUCUUCUGGAAACGCCCUGUUACGAGUACCCACAAGAUCAUUUGUGAAAUUAUGGGGUGCCCUAACAUUGUAUGGAAAAUAUAAAGGUCGGCUUUGUGCAUUCAGAGUGCAUCAGGUGUCUCCUAAUCUGAUGGGUCUGGCUUGCAACAGCAGGGAAUUUAAGAUACCAGGUCUCUAUGAUGGACAUUGAUAUAUCAUGAGUGAAGACUUAUUCAUUCAUUGGUCCCUUGACUAGUACCAGUCUUUAAGUGGGAAGCACAUGGAUAGAUUUGGCAGCUGACAAGACCUACCUCUCAUGCCUGUCUUAAAUGAUGGUAGCAGAUCCUGCACGGGACAACCAGUCCACUCCUUCACAUUUCUGCUGGCUACCUCAACAUCAACCUUUCAAGGUGCGUUGAAGGAAGUUCUCCAACAGAGUGCCAUACUGAAUCAGACCAACUUAUGCCACUAUUGCAAGUAGGUGUUCCUGGUGUUCUAUGAGUGGGACAACUAUACUUAUGAAGUCAUUGGUUUUUAUAUUCCCCGUACAAGAUAUAGAGCAGCCCCACCUCAGACACUUGUCUUAAAUUCCUGGAUUCUUGUCUCAGUUCCAAAAUUUAAAGUUCAUAUUCAUAUCUGUUAAGCUGGAUCGGUACUAUGAGGGAUUUGCAGAUUGUACUUUAUAGUAAAUCCGAUGUUAUAUUCUGUGCCAGAUUGCGUGUAGCUUAGCCAUUACUGCUAUUGUGAAGAUAUUGCUUUGAAUGGGUUUAUGAUUGUUGAAGUAUAAUUGCUUUUGUGGUUGUCUGUGUAAGAGAAAUAGGUGGAGAGAAGAUGGAGGAGUGGUAUUGAUAUUGCGAAUCUUGUAUUUAUAAAGAUUUUGUGAACACUUGAAAUAUGUUGACAUGUUAAGAAUGUGGGUGGAGUUGGGAGAAAAAAUGACUACCAGCGAAUGAGAAGGGAAGUUGGUGCAUGUCGGGCACAGCCCAUCAUCCUUGGGAAAGAUGAUGAUUCAUAUUGUGCUGCAGUGAGAUCUUCUGGCAUAAAUCAUAUUGUUGCUGUUCCUUCUCGCUUCUCUCAUUCCCUCUGAGGCACAGUCAUGUGUGAAACUGACUGGCUUUAAAAUUACUUUCAUAUACCACAUAAAGGCACUGCAGUUGCUUAGUGCUUAGAGUCUGGUGAGAAUAUGUUGUUGAAUGGAAGCUGUCCACUUUCUGUAUCUAAUGCAUCAACAACUGCUGAUAUACCACAGCAAUCCAUUCUCGGACAAUAAAUGUGAAAAAAGGUA